GUUUAGUUUAACGCCUGGAACAUUUCAACAUUGCGACGCCGGCGGCAACAGGUUCUCAUGGUUAUGCACCGGUUCUUUCAAGUAUUCAGCGGUGGAUAUUUCUCCGUUCCUUUUUCAAGAGUUUUAAUGGUUGAAAGAUAUACCCACUUCAUUCGUGGAGUCUUUCGGUAAAUGUUUUCAACAAUGGUUAGGACAAUUUUUCUGCGAAUCCCAAUUAGCAAACAAAAAUGUAUUUUCUUAACCAUUGCUGUAAUCUGUCUUCUCGGUUACUUGGUUCUAAAAAGGACAAAACCUCUAAAACCUCUUGCUGAUGUUGGAAGAUCUAAACAUGUGGCUGGUAAUAAGUUGAGUAAAAACAUGGCUACUGGGCCAAGCAUGACAAUGGACGAGAAAGACUUUCUACUUGAUGGAAAGCCAGUUGGAAGAUCUAAACAUGUGGCUGGUAAUAAGUUGAGUAAAAACAAGGCUACUACGCCAAGCAUGACAAUGGACGAGAAAGACUUUCUACUCGAUGGAAAGCCAGUUCGAAUACUAAGUGGAGCUAUUCACUAUUUCCGAGUUGUUCCAGAAUAUUGGAGAGACAGAUUGCUGAAACUCAAAGCGAUGGGGCUGAAUACUGUUGAAACGUGAGUAAAGCUCAGUUUUGGGCCCGGGAAACUAUACAAAUUUUGCAUUUAUAUAUACACCCGAAACUAUAAUAACAAUUGAGUUUAGAAAGCCUAGGAUUAUCUUACGCUGUGGCUAUAUGGCCGGUAACCGGUCAAGGUUUUCAAAACACUAAAUGACCGGCAGUCCUAUAUUCUCGGUAAAUUUAUACAAAAUCGAAAAAUCCAGGCUAAUCUAAAUUAUCACAUGUCGAUUAAGGAAAGUCAAGCAAUCCUGAAAUGCUUUAUAGAUCUCAAGUAUAUACAUGUAGGGCCAGUUAUUUAAUUUAGUUUAGCCAGUGUUUGACAAAACUGCCUUCUAAGCCAUUUUCUAUUUGCCCAACGGUUUUAUCUAAACACUAUUUAUUGUGAACAGCUUUAUGAAAGCAUACAGAGUAGACAAGAAAAGUAUUAUCUUCUUAAAAUAACCCACUAAGAAAGAGAUCUUGAGGUCCAAAGAUUUGUUAAACCUCAGCUUAAGUUAGACUUUGUUGAAAUAAUCGACCCAUAGUGUUUGGUUUACACUGGGCUCCGAAGACGAAAUCAUGUAUUGUGACACUUAAAACUUUUUUCAGCUCGACUGCUGGUCAAGGUUUUGAAAACACUAAAUGACCGGCAGUCCUAUAUUCUCAGUAAAUUUCACAAACUGAAAAAAUCCAGCUGAUCUAAACUAUCAUAUGUCGAUAAAAAAAAGUCAGUCUAGGGUUUGGUUUAUGCUGGGCUCAGAAAACAAAACCAUGUUUUGUGACACUUGAAACUUUUUUCAGCUUGACUGCUGGUCAAGGUGUUGAAAACACUAAAUGACCGGCAGUCCAAUAUUCUCAACACAUUUAGCUUGACUUGUAAUUGCAGAACUUUGUUAUCAGUUUCUCAGCAGUGAAAGUGAAUAUUUAUGAGCAAAGACAAUCAUGUUUCCAAUAGAAUAUGGAAAUAGAUUAAGCCCCUAAAGUUGCAGUUACUAAGUCCCCGCAGGGAGCAAAAUAUGCCUAAGUCCCUCCAACCACUCCGCCCCCCUUCCAUUUUCAAAAAGGAAAACAGGUUAACAUUUCAAUAGCCAACUAAGUAGUAAAGCUGCUUAUGUGAUUGAAUUUAAGUGAGUGUCUGGGUAAAACUGAUGUGAGUUGAAGGGUACUCAAUAGGAUUUGAACUAGGCAUCUGCCCAACCUUAAGUAGGUGGCUGUGACAAAGAAGGGCCCGUAAACUAGGGCGAGGAAAAGCAGCAAAUAGAAUGCAAAGUAAGCGGCUACAAAUUCCAAAGAAGGCAGCAAUCAAUCGCUGGGUACUGGCUCUCAUUGAGAACCCUGGACUUGACAUUGAUGUUGCUACAUUGGUUUAGUUUCAUUGUAAGUCUUAUAUGGAAGAGGGGUGGGAGGGAAUGGUGUGCUUUGCACAUUUCUAGGUGUUAGUGACCAAACAAUGUUGGUUUGACUCAAAACUCUCCGUUUAUAUGGUCCCAAGCCUAAGUUGCAUAAUAUUAUUACAGAUUAUUAAAUAAUGUGGAGACUGGUAAAUUAUUAUUAUUUAUUGUUCAUUCAAAAUAUUUCCCUGCUUCUGAUUGGCUAUAAGUGCACGUUUAAUUCACCAUAACCAGUUACUGAUGACCAAAUUUGGAAGCAUUUUGUGUUUAACGGGGAAAUGACGUCAAAAAUGGAGCGUUUUCGCAGGUUAAGGCACCAUUAACCAAGAAGACUUGGGGACGAGGUUGAGUUGUUUUGGUUGUGAAAUUGAAAAAUGGCAGACAUUUCACUUGUUUCAAGUAAGAACUAGGUGAAAAAAUAGCUAAAAACAUGGCAAGAACAGCAAGAAGACAACUCGAAGGGCGACAUCUGCUAUUUAGAGAAUAUUUGCAGAGCUGGACAAACCUAAACGUGCACUAUUGAAGAUGAACUUAACAUUGAAGGAUCGAUGGAGGUAAGCAUGUGUUAGCCAUGUUUUUAAACUAUAAAUUAUUUUGAAUGAAUAAUAAAACAAUUAUCGAAUUUGGCUUUCGUAUCAUAUGAAGAAUUAUGGAGAUCUUGGAGGGUGUUAUCCGCCUUGGCCUACGGCCUCGACUGAUAACACCCUCCUCGAUCUCCAUAAUUCCUCAUAAGAUACUCAGCCUCAUUCUUAUUGUUAAUUAAUAAAUAAUGCCGGUUAAAUUUGAGCCAGUCAGGUGCAAAAUGCAACAAGGAGAGUAGGAAAUGUAAUGAUGCUUGGGAACAUUGUGUUGUUCUCUUCCACCUUUUUUAGGCAACUGAGUGACAGGGAUUGAAAUUUGUUGACUAGUGUGACGUACAGCUCACAGAUAAGCAACCAACGCACAUGCAAAUCACACACUCCAGGUGUUUUUUGUGUUAACACAGGGCUGUCAAAAUGUUUUUAAGUAGCAGGCUGAUAAUGAAUGGUAGGCGGCUCUGGAACUCACACCAAAGGCACAAGUUCUGGAGGGCCAAGGCAUCUAGGGACGAUUUGAAAAUUAUAGUCUCGGUAAUGGUGUUUCCAAGGGUUUUCAAAAGGUGUUUCCAACCGCUUAUGCCAUGUUGUUUCAUUAGAAUACACGCAAGCCUGGGAACAAUGCCGUCAGCAAGUCCCUGGCGUUCCAAGACAUCGCACAGUUCAAACAUUUCACAGGUCUAAACCUGUUAGAAUGUGCAUUCAAUGUCAUUCAAAACUGGGAAAUAGAUGCUUUACAAUUUUAUUCGAUGAUGCUUUAUUAUUUUUUGUUAGCAGUUAUGGUAGAAGGAGAUGAAAGUAGCCAGCUAAGGAUGGCUAACUAGCUGGUGGUUUUGGCUGGCUACUGGCCCUUAUUGACAGUCCUGUAACACAACUGUUCGAAAGAUAGUUUUUAAAACUAAUUUAACUUGUCCCCAAUAGUCUACCUUUUAAUACCGAGUCUGAUCCUACAGACAUUGCUUAAGCUUUUUGUUGAAGUUGUUAUAGCAACAAUUCGCCAGAAACAAUACGUUAGCUCAUACACACUAAUCAGUUCUACAGCAAAAUCAUUUUUGAAGUACAUUAAUAGAUUUCUUGCUAGUUAACAUGUUUGAAGUGGUUUAAUGUAGAUGCUAACCUCUGAGCUGUACUGAUGGUGUUUUUAAGGUUGUUUAAUGUCAAUUCAAUUGCCUUGCAGGUAUGUUGCAUGGAACUUGCAUGAAGAAAUUAAAGGGCAGUUCAAUUUUGAUGGUAUCCUUGAUUUAGGGUAAGAAUCAAGUGACUUCAUGCUUAAAAAAAGACUGUUUCUAGUCUUGCUUGCAUAAGCAGCGAGACUCAUAAUCUGCAAGCUGUGUUAUUUCUUUGUAUUUGGUACACAAAACAACGGCUGUGGCUGAGAGCAGCAUUCGUAGCGGAGAAAGUAGAAACUGGGAAUAAGAAUCAUUGCAUGACCAAAGCCAUGAAUGUUUUGCAAAGAAAGCUUACCGAUAGGUUUAGAACUUUUCUGGAACAGGUCUGUCCACAAAUUCUGUUGCUUGAAAGUGUUGAUUGCUUUGGAACAAGUGAACACUUUGGUGGUUGAAAAAAAAAGAAGAAUCUUAAUUUUAGCAAAAGACUAACUGGUCAGGUGUUGUAAACUUUCAUCGUAUGCAAAUUAUAUGAGUCUUGUUAUGAGUACCUAUGUGGUUUAUUUUCGGCGUGGCAACAAUUGAAAUGAUGUUCAUGUAAAUCACUUUUUUGAUAUCUGACAAUGAUAUAAUUUCUCUGGAAUCGUGGCCCUUGGAUUUUCAUGUAUUUAUACACGUGUAUAGCCUGCAACCGCAGACAUAUUUCCUGUCACUGCUAACACGCGAACUAAAUCAAUUCAGAAACAAAUUAAAAGGAAAUAUCCUGCAGUAGGUGUAGUGUCAUGGAAACUGUCUAGGCAAUUAGUUGCUCAUACUGGUUGUAGGUGUUGUUAGGUGUUGUGAAUAUUUAAAUAGUACGUAUUUAAGGAUCCAGUGGAGAAUUAUUCAUAAAAGGCUGUCAGUUGUGAGGUCGUAACCGGUGUACCCAGUACUUUACAGUAGGGAGUGAAAAACCUUUAGCGAGUAAAUCCUGUUUCGUGUAGAAUUAAUUGCCUCCUCAUUUCUCGAUCUAAUCUUCAAGCAAGCAAGACUAAAUACCUCUGUAAGAGCGUUCUUGUUAAUUAUAAUUAACUUAUGAUCUUUACUGGUAAUAGUUAGGAUUGAGUGAAGUCCAAUUUGGGCUGUAAUCAUAUUACUAUCACAAAUUCUCAAUCCGAUUGGCUAUCAGCCGUCCUGACUUAGCUUCCUGACUUUCUUUCACUUCCAGCUAAAAAGCUCUUGUAAGAUCUUGUGUUUUAUUUUUUAUUUUGUAUUUCACUUACUGUUGUUUUUUAUUUGUGAUUAGAGCUUUUGUCAAGUUAGCCCAGAAGCUGAAUUUGUAUGUUAUCAUUAGACCAGGACCAUACAUUUGUUCAGAGUGGGAUUUUGGUGGACUACCAAGGUGAUCAAUAUUAUUAAAUGCAGUUAUAUGUGGUAACAAUAAAAAAUACCUGUAUAUAAUGAAAUAAAGAGGAUAGAAAUAGCACGGUCGCUCAUUGGUUGGUACCCUGAUGAGACAAAUGCCUAAGGAGGGGGGGGGGGGGGGGGGUUGGGGCAGGGAGAAGUGUCCUAGCUUCCUCUUUUUAUCUCCCUCUGCUUUCUCUUUCUUCAUGCAUAAUCAUAAGUGAUACCUGUUUGGGUCCAAAUAAGAACAUUCUGUCCAGAACACCCCGAAUGAUACCAAAUCUGAGAUUUACACCCAUCAAUGUGGGAGUUUCUCCCCUCAGGAACAUAUAUAGUGCCCUGACAGUAACUUGCAAAAUGACUGAAUAUAAGCAAGUUAUUAUUGGGACAGAAGGUUAACAGAGUUUUAUUUAAUACACACAUUACACAGUGUAUAUUAAUUUGCCAAUAAGUCAGUUGUUUUUAGGACAAAAGGCUUAAAGGCAGCAAAUUAUGGACCUGAUGCAAAUAAAUUUGCCAAAAGGCGAAAAAAAAAAACUUGUCACAGAGCAACUGUCAGUGUAAGUUCUUAUAUAGCCAGUCACAAUACAGAUUGUUUUGUCUGAGUGAUAUUACCAUGACAGGUCACUAGGCUGAACAAAGGUGAAUAAAGAUUAAUCCGCAAAAACUGCUCAAGCCUACCUUAAUAUUUCCACUUUGGUGAUGACUAAGAACUUACUCUUAGAUCAUUAGUAUAUGCAGACGAUUUUCUAGCGAAUACUUAUUCCACAUAUUUUUUUUUCCCUGAAGUUGGUUGUUACACGAUCCUCAAAUGGAACCAAGAUCAAUGUACCGUCCAUUUAUUGAGGCUACUGAACGGUAUUUCAAUAGGCUUCUGCCAAUCCUUGUUCCUUUACAGGUACUGAUAUUUGACUUAUGAUUAAGGGUACCGUGAUCCCCAUACACUUUACACACUUAAUUACCCACUAAUGUAUCAGUAUGCGUGUUUGUAAAAUUUCAAAUUAUUUUAUCAUUCUUGAGAUCAUCAUUGUCAACGAUAUGCAGAUCCUUGCAUUCCUCUUGUAUCCCUAUUAUUUAAGAAGUGAGAAGGGGGGGGGGAGGGGGAAGGAGCGCUUAUUCAAUAGGGGUACUUGUUUGAUAUUAUGACUGAGGGAGUGGGCUCUUAUUCAGGGGAGGGCAGUUAUUAGAGUGUGGGCACUUAUUCAAAGAAAUUUAUAUGGUUUUUACUUUUUUAUGAACUAUACAUUGUUUAUAUUUACAGUAUAAGCUUAAGUCUGUCUCCAGCUAAUUAGUAGUUCUUUUGACUAGCUAGUAGCUCAAAGACUUGAUAAAGUUAUCGUCAUCAUCAUCACCAAACUUAUCAAAACUUGGUGUCAAGUUUGUGAGUAAAGAACAGGUAUUAGGUUAGUUGUAGUUAGUUUUUUCAUUUUGUUCAGGGUAGUUAGGUUAUUUAUAAUUCAUAUACUCCUGAUAAAUUUUACCAUUCCAUUCUAUCCUAUUCGAGAAACUUUUAGAAAAUAAUGCGCUCUAAUUUGCUACAAAAUUUUGGGAUAAUUGCAUUUUAUCUCUUAAAGUUACAUGUACAUUGGUGGAUCUGAAUAAUUUUGAAUUUUUGGAAUUUUUUACAAACAAUUACUUAACCUUUAAACCCUAAGAUCAAAAUUUGAAUUCUUCUUUGUCACCUCUAUUCAUUUCCUACAGAAGUAGUGGGGAGAAGUUGAUGAAAUAUCAAGCAAAUUCAUCUUGUGUGAUCAUGUCCAUAAUUCUCAUGACCACUCUGUUUACAAAGCAUUGCUGUUACAAGGAGAAAUUUGAUGCUGAUCACUCUUAGGGUUUAAAGGGUUAAAAGGGAAUGCAUAGAGAAUUGGACAUAUAAAGGAGACUAGCCCUUAACCACUUAUGUGCUGGAUAUUGAGGUAAAACGGUUUGUCUUUAGAGCUAGUACCCCUCCACUAAGGUGAAAAUGUUUCUGAUGGUUUUGUGGGGUGCAAAGUCAAACUGUAUAGAUAGUGUUUUACAAACUCAAUGAUACAGCCAUUUCGAGAAAGGGUUGUUGGAAAAAAUGUGUACAUGACAAUCCCAAAAGGUAAUAUGGGAUAUGAUCAAAAUACUAUUCCUAAUGACUGUGGCUGGCAAACCUACUUUUGUUGCUUUCCUUUCCUUUCCCGUGGCCUCCCAAUGACCCAUGCUAUUCUUUCAAAUUUCUUUGAAGAACAGUGCACUUAAAAACCACCCUCAAUUGUCAUGUGCACUUUUUCUGAUUACUUUUCUCAAAACAGCUCUAUAUGGACUUUACUGACUCUCUGUUCUCCUUUAUUAGUACUCUAAAGGUGGUCCCAUAAUAGCAUUUCAAAUUGAGAACGAGUAUGGAAGCCACUACACUGAUGAUGUCAACUACCUGAAUCAUCUAAAAUCGGUUAGUAUUUUCUUUGAAGUGUCCAUAAGGCCAUGAAGGGUAGUUUGGGCAGGUAUUGUAAUUAAUAAGGAGUUGGGGUAAGUUCAUGCUUAAGUCAGGCCCUCAAAGCUGUCCGUGUGCUCAGGGACGGUCUGACAACAUCAGUAAAAACUUAAAAGGGGCCAAAGGCAGCUUUAACGUUUGAUUUAUGCCCUAUUUACAAGGAGAAACACCAUCCCAGCCAAGUUAACUUAAAUGAGGGUUGAUAUGAGAAAAAUAUUGUCAUUUUUGCCCAAGCAAACAGCUCUUAUGCAAGCUCUCUGCAUCUGAUCUGUCUGUCUAAAACAGUGCUCACAUAUGCUCUGAUUGUCACACCUUGACUGAGUUGUCCUGGCCGGGCAAGCAGGCUGGAGAAGUGUUGGGCCAGCUAGGAGGGUGACCCUACCAUCAUAAAAGAAUGACCUGGCUAGGCAGGUCACCCUUCUAGCUGAGCCAACUUCCUGUUUCUCAUGUACAUGGCUCACCUCGUUUUGUAAUAAAAUGUAUGAAAUGUUGGCUUGCCCAGGGUAGAGCGAGUAGGUGGGUAGAUGCACACAGUUGGAACCAUCUCUAACUGUUACAGAGAAAGGUGUCUGUCUUAUAGGGAGGUUGGUUACAGUUAAAUGACUGGCACCAAAGGGACAAACAACAGGGGUCUUUGAAGAGAAAGUGUUUGUAUUUGUGUUAUUCAGCUUUAUUCGCUCAGGAAAGUCGCAUGAGGGAACGAAAAAAAAUAUAUAUGGCAAGCAGAGAGGCAACUGACUUCCCACCUCUCUCCUGUUCUUCUAUCAGUCUGUUCACUCUCUUCAGUAGAUCAUCAGUCCUGCCAAGCCCUGACUCAACUGACUAAAAAGAGGCUGCCCGCUUUGCCCUCCAUUAUUCAACAUGUUUCCGUGGGUUAAAUUAACCUCGUUAUACUACUACAUGAGAAAUUUCUGCAAUUUGAUUGGCUUAGAUCAGUGGUAUUUCAGCUUAAUUUGAAAUACCUACAUGUGAAAAUUACAAACCUUGUGUGGGUAGUAGUAUAAACAAAUAAUAGCAUGAUGUGCACGUGAUAUUUGACAUAAAUACCACUAGUGAUAUUUCAAAAUUGUCGCAAAUUUCACUCGCCUAACGGCUCGUGAAAUUUCGUAUAACAAUUUCGAAAUAUCACUCAUGGUACUUAUGCCAAAUAUCACUACAAAUCAUGCUAUUACCUAUACAAAUUUCCGAACUUCGUUUAAAGAUGGAAUAUCUAAAACUUUGAGGACCUUUCUUAGGAAACUCUCUCCCCCUGAAAUGAAGCUAUGAUGCAGGCAGAGUCUUAUGCUUAAACACUUAGACCACCCAGGGGGACGGGACUCAAUGUUCUGGAUAGUUAACUACGCUUUUUUGUGGGCUCAUAUAUUAUUUUUUACAAAGUCAUACAUCAUUUUGUUGUCUCUGAGCUAUUUGUACUUAUUUGUUAGUGCUUAAUAUAUAUCUAUACACAGUAAUUUUCAAGGAGUUAUAAUAACUCCUCUAGUGGGGCUAAUUUAACUCCUUACAGUGGAGUUAUUUUUUUGGGAGUUAUUUUAACUCCAAAAAUGAGUUUAAAGAACUCUUUUCAAGGAGCAAAAGCGACCCCAGAUAUUGAGGAGUUAAAAUAAUGCCAAAAAGGAGUUAUCCUGUACCUAAAAUUUUUACUUCACUUUCAGAGUUAAAUUAACUCCAAAAAAAGUAAAAACCACCCAUGUAAUGAGUAAAAAUAACUCCAUUUCGGAGUUAUUUUAACUCCAGACUGGGAGUAAAAAGAACUCUUUUUUUGGAGUAAAAAUGACCCCAAAUUCGGAGUUAAAUUAGGAGUUAAACCCCCAAAAAGGGGUUAUCCUGUACCUAAAACUUUUACCCCAUUUUUGGAGUUAUAAUAACUCCUUAAAAAUUACGGUGUACCUGAAACGGCCACUUUGUAAUUUGGCAAAGUCUGUGUUAAUUGUAAGCCUGUGUAAUGACAGGCUCAAAACUUACCAUCAUAUCUCACAAUUUCUGUUUCUCGUUGUUAAAACAGCUUAUGAUCGAUGAGGGCAUAACGGAACUUCUGUUUACAUCGGACAAUUCUGGUGGAUUACAUAAACGGUUUUUGUCUUUACCUAAUGGUAGGUCAUCUAUACUGACAUUAUUUCUUUCUCGUAAUUUUUUUUUUAAGUAAGCUUACAUGUAAGUGAUACAAGAAGCUUUUUUCAUCUCGAUUUCAGUGCUGAAAACAGUCAACUUUGGAAAUGGUGCAGAGUUCAAGCUGAAUAACUUAGUUGCAGAGAUUCAGGUAUUGGAGUUGGAAUUUUGGAAAAAAACUAAUUCGUUUUUUUAAUCAUACGGUGUAAGCCUUGACUAUUGUUCCUUUUAAAGGGAACUGCGCAUCAUUUCAAUCUUAUGUUUUUGACCGCGAAAAAUUUUGCUGGCAAAUUGGUCAAGUUUAAGUUCAUUUUAUUUCACACCAUUUACAUUGAAAGAUCACAGAUAUAAAUUAAAACAAUAACAGAUUCUUUUCAACAGCUAAUUAAAUAAAGCAGAGCUAAUACUACUUUUUUACUGAAUGUGUGUGGGGGCCAAAGUAGCAUCUGCUUUCGAGGUGGCCACCACCUACUUUAGAAUAAACAAAAACACACUGGGCUUCAUAAACAUGGAAUCUACUAACUAAAGACAGUGACUGUGCUGUUUUCGUAAGACAUGGCUUAUAAAACAGACAGUUGCGUCGCUCUUACACGCCUGCUAUUUUCAGUCGAAAAGUUGAUCUGUUUGCUUGCGUUUUUGUAGGUCAUAAUGUAAGGACAAAUGUGGAUGUAAAGAGGUUUCUUCUCUCGGGCGUGGGAAGUGGAAUACCUUCCUGCGUCUGUUGUUUGCUUAUGUCCAGAUCGAAAAUCUCCAGGCUUUUAAGAAAUCACUAAAUACACAGCGAUCAAUGGCAAUUUUUUUGGGAAGCUGCAGAUCCUGAUAGAGCGGUUUUCAUUUGAGUGUCGAAAAGUAAUUGGUUUUGCACUUUCUAAACGAUGCGAUUGGCUUAAAAGAUUCGCGCCACCUUUUCAUCCAAUCAGAAGUAAAACCAAAGUCAAUUGUGACGCGCUCGCAUGCAUUUUCCCACGCUUUGCGUCAGCCACAUGUAAUUACUUCGAGUUUUGAUUGGUUCAAUGUAUUGUCUGUGUCCUAUGUGAUUGGCCAGAGUAAUUACUUUGGUUUUGGUUUUACGACACUCAAACGAAAACCACUCUAGUCUUUCUCAACUUAGGUCAUGUUAUUCACCUUGGUGGGAAAAAAAGAUAGGGAAAGAAGACCAUUAGGGAGCUUAGGCAACAACGACCAUGACGGCUACGAAAACGUCACUAGAAAAGUGAAUUCUCGCUGCCUCAAACUUGAUCGCGCUUAUUCCAUCUCGUUUAAUUCGACAAAUGCUGACAAUUUUUUUUGGAGUUGAAUUCUAAAGGACUGUAUCAAAGUUCAGGAAAAGAAAAAUAAAGUUGUUACCUUGUGUUCACGUCCUGGACAAAACGUGAAGUUAGGCACUUUCACGUUGUAGUCGUGCAACGACGGCAAAGAAAUGUACAAGAAAUCGUGAUGCACGUGCAAAGUUGUUGUUUUGCUAAUCUAAACCUAUCGCUUUGUUGCCGUUCUCGUUGCCGUCGCUGUCGUCGUUGCUUAAGGUGGCUCCGUAAUUAAUACAAGAGCAUUUAGCUGUGACAAAUUUUCCGUCAUAACUUUUUCGAUUUUAACGCGAUGGCUGCGAAACUUUGCAAAAAACAACAGAUAUCAUUUGGCAAUAAUACGAAAUAUUCCGAUUUCAUUGAUGGUAAAUAUUUCUUGAGAAAUUAGCGCUUAAAAGAACCCUACUGUUCAAGGAAAAUCGCGUCUAGUAAAAAAAUUUGCUGAUAUUUUUUACUGAAAUUUCUGGUAUCGGCUUUAAUUGAUAUAAUAAAUCUGCCACGUGCAAAGUUGUUGUUUUGCUAAUAGGGAGCUUAAGCAACAGCGUUUUUGAACGACGGACGUCAACCGGAAGUGGACUUUUUGCAUCAUUGGGGAGCGGUUUGGUUGAAACUCUCGGGUAAAUCGUCUUUAAAAGAGAAAAGAAACUCAGCAAUACAAGUUUGUUAGCGUCAAGGCAUAUAAAAAGGGAGAAGGCCUCACUUCCGGUUGACGUGCGUCGCUCAAAAACGUCUUUGCUUGAGGUCCCUAAUGUAAACCUAUUGCUUUUUUGCCGUUCUCGUUGCCGUCGCCGUCGUCGUUGCUUAAGCUUCCUAUUGAAAAGGGACGUACGUACGUGACGCUUUUGACAAGUCAAUAACAGAAGUUUGAAGGCUAACACGAAACAGAGAAUAUUUCCGAUCUGCGGUCAAAGAUGAGACGUCCAGUAGGAUAAGCAGUUAGAUUGAUCAUUAAGAUAAUAACACUUCUCUCUGUUAUUCCGUUGUUUGGAAGCCAGGUAAACCAGCAAUGGUUGCCGAGUUCUGGGAUGGUUGGUUUGAUCAUUGGGGUGAGGAGCACCACACCCGAAAAACUGAAAAUGUGGCCUCCAACAUGGAGGAGAUACUCAAGUUUGGAGCUUCUGUUAAUCUCUACAUGUUUCACGGUUUGUGUUAAAAGAUUUUAUAGUCAAGCAAACGCCCAUAUGUACUUAAAUAAACUGAUUAUUUGAAAAUUGAAUCCGUCAUUUGUUGCUGCUGCUCUUAUCAAAUUCUGUAAUUACUGCAUACAUAAUAAGCAGUAAAUUUUAGACUACAACUUUUCUGUAUCCGGUCAGGUUUCGAUGACUGUCUUAUUUUUGCCUUCAACCACAUCGCAAAGAAAUGUCUUUCCAACGCUAGAAAAGUUCGUACAAAAUUUCCAUUUAAUCUUAAAAUUGUACUCUGAAACGAAUGACACUUGCCAAAUUUAGGGCAAAUGUCAAAGGGAAAUUUAGAAUCUCGUUCAGUGUGAAACCAGAGUAUUUUUAGCUUUCUCCUCUCGCCUCCCUAAGGACGUCUUUGUGCUAGGCUAUGAAGUCCGCAGAGGCUG